AUGAAUGAAGCUGCCAACAUGUGCCCGUAUCCAUGCCCGAACCCGGAGCGUUACUCGGAGGAGAAUGACCUCCCGCCAGAACCACCCUCGGUUCGUGCGAGCAACCCGCGUCCAUUGCCUGGAUUCCCCUCCGAUUUCCAGCCAUCUUCAUCAAAGCGUGGAUUGGCAAAGAGGGAACAGGGACAGAAGAUUGGCCUCCCUGAUCGUAAUCUCAUCAGCCCGCCAUACAAGAUCCGUAACGCUGCUGGAGCUUUGAGCCAGAAAACGAUCGACACGGAUCUCGUUCACUCAGGAGGAUAUGUCGAGUAUGACACUCACAACAUGUAUGGUACAAUGAUGGGUGCUGUCUCGCGCAAAUCCAUGCUGCAACGCCGUCAAGAUGUGAGGCCAUUAAUCAUCACUCGCAGUACCUUUGCAGGAGCCGGAUCACACGUUGGACACUGGCUGGGUGACAACCUGAGCCAAUGGGACAGAUACAGGGCCUCCAUCCAGCAAAUCCUUUCCUUCGGAUCCCUGUUCCAAGUCCCCAUGGUCGGCGCAGACGUCUGCGGAUUCAGUGGCAAUACUACCGAAGAGCUCUGCGCACGCUGGGCAGCACUGGGAUCCUUCUACACCUUCUACCGCAACCACAAUGAUCUCGGGUACCGCCCACAGGAGUUCUACCACUGGCCCACCGUCACCGAAUCCGCUCGCAAGGCAAUCAAUACCCGCUACCGUCUUCUCGACUACAUCUACACAGCUUUCCACCACCAGACACAGACCGGUGAACCCUUCCUCCAGCCUCUCUUCUACCUUUACCCCGAGGACAAGAACACUUUCUCCAAUGACCUCCAGUUUUUCUACGGUGACGCUAUCCUCGUCUCCCCGGUCACGCAGAAGGGUUCCCGCUCCGUCAAGGCUUAUUUCCCCGACGAUAUUUUCUACGACUGGCACACUGGUGCUCCCUUGCGCGGAAACGGCACGCACACAACCAUUCAAAAUGUCAACAUCACCGAUAUCCCCGUGCAUAUUCGCGGCGGCAACGUCAUCCCCGCACGUAGCUCGGGAGCAUCUACAACCACCGAGCUGCGUAAGAAGGGCUUCGAGCUGAUCAUCGCUCCUGGCCUCGACGGUGCUGCAUCGGGUAGUCUGUACCUGGAUGAUGGCGACUCGCUCGAGCAGCCUAAGACCUCUGAGAUCGAGUUUGAGUACCGUGAUGGUGAGCUGAAGAUUGGUGGGAAGUUCGAGUAUGAUGGUGAUGCAGUUGUGGAGGCUGUUACUUUGUUGGGAGAGAAGAGUGAAAAGAAGGAGGUGCAGGUCAAGUUGAAUAAGGAGACGUCUGUGAAGAUUUAA